GUUAGGAAUAAGUUCAUUCCUGCUUCGCUUUGAUUUAAGUAAAGUUUUAAUUAUAGGAUUGAAUUGGUACAACUCCUCAGGAUGAUUCAAACCACUAAAAUUCUAUUAUUUUUUGAGCUUCUUGUAUUAAUGGCUUUGCUUUGCAACGGUCAACCAACCAAGUCCACCCUUCCAAGCCGGUACCAAUGUGGGCACGCAAACAGUCCCAAGAUUCUUCUUGGCCCGGGGGUUAGCAUAGGGGAAAUGUCGUGGACCGCGCUGAUCCAGUAUCGCAAACCCAACGGAGACCAGUCGUUCGACUGUGCGGGGUCGCUGAUUAACGAGCGUUACGUACUGACCGCGGCCCAUUGCGUCCGGGGAAUUCCUCGCGCUUGGACGAUCGUUGGAGUUCGACUUGGAGAACACGAUCUAAGUACUGAUCAGGAUUGCGAACAAGAUGGACCGGAUAGGUAUUGUGAUGAUGGUCAUCAAGACUUGCCAAUUGAGAAGAUCAUCGUACAUGAAGAUUACAACAGAACUAAGAAGAACUAUUUGAAUGAUAUUGCAUUAAUUCGAUUGGAGCGAGAUGUGAUAUUUUCAGAGUACAUCAACCCAAUUUGUUUGCCUGUCGAGGACGAGGAUCGCCAACGGAACAUCACCAGUCAAAGAGCUGUGGAAGUUGGAUGGUCGGAAACUAAUGCAUACAGCGGUAGUAAUAUAAGAAAGAAGUCAUUCUUCAGAAUCCAAGAUCAUCAAAGUUGUAAUGAAGGUUACAAGACAAGGGGGGUCACAUUGAGCGAUUCCCAGCUGUGUGCUAGCAGGGAGUAUGAUGAUAGUGAUUGUCAUGCGAUUGAGGGCAGUCCUCUGAUGCAGGCAGUUGGUGGUAGAACUCAUUUCCUGUACGGAAUCAGCAGCUUUGGACCGGAUAGAUGUGGAACCAAUGGUACUCCGGAUGUGUUCACUAAUGUGGCAAAGUUUGUCGAUUGGAUUGAGAGCAAAUUGGAAUGAAAUAAGGGGCUUCUUGUAGGUAAACUUAGCCCAUGUCUUAAAUAUGAGCUUGAUCGGACGUAACAGGAGCUGGGGUUUCUCUUUUCAAUUCCAAUAAACUUCGAUGAAAAAUAUUUGGAAAAAAAAACGGAUUCUGCGUGUAUCCGCCAGAGCAAGCAGCAGUUUAGUGCUCAGAGCUCU